AUGUCUUCUCCGUGCAGCUACUGCAACAAAACAUCGUUCAUCCGCGACGAUGUCUCUGGCGAGUUAAUCUGUUCCUCGUGCGGCGGCAUUCAGCAGUUCGACCAAUUCGACGCCCAAAUCGGCGCCAUCGACGGUCCUCAGGGCACCUUCAUCCGUGUCGGCACCGCAGGUUCGGGCAGCCUUUAUUCGUACAAAGAGAGGAAACUUUUCGCCGCGCAAACCACCAUCGAGGAAGUAACUUACACCCUAGGGUUAUCUUCCAAGAGCGUCGACGUCAGGAGCAUGGCGUCCACUAUCACCGAGGGCGAGUUCGGCCAGGGCGAGUGGUUCCGCGUGCUCAUCGGUGCGUGCGCGUAUGUUGUCAUGCGAAGGGAGGAUCGACCCUUGCCGAUGGCGGAAGUCGCCUCAGCGGUGGGGUCCGACUUGUAUGAAAUCGGUAGGAUGAUUCUGCGUGUCGUUGAUUUUUUGAAUCUGAGGUCUGAUUUUCCGGAGUUUGACAUUGUGCAUUCGUUGGAACGCACAAUUAAGAAUUCGAGAAUUUUUGCCUCUCUUGAUAGGGGUGUGAUUGAUAGGAUUCGGAAGCAGGGGGUGUUUUUGAUUCAGUGUGCGGUGAAGUGGUUUUUAAGCACUGGUCGGCGGCCGCUUCCGUUGGUGGUGGCGGUGGUGGUGUUUGUGGCGGAGCUGAAUGGGAUUGCGGUGGAGAUGGAGGAAUUGGCUAGGGAGGUUCAUGCUAAGCUUUCAACUUGUAGGACUAGGUACAAGGAGUUGCUUGAGACACUUGUGAAAGUUGCGCAGGUACUGCCUUGGGGGAAGGAUGUUACUCUUAAGAACAUUGUUAAGAAUGCGCCUUUUGUGAUUCAGUAUUUGGAGAGGAAGGAUAUGUUGAAGCCUGGGGUGAUUCAGGAGAAGAGGAAGGAUCUUCAUCGAGCUGCAGUGGACUUGGAGGAUGUGGUUGCUGAAUGCUUGAGACAUGAUGAUGAAUUAGAAUAUGGGGUUGAUGGCGUGACUUCGCGGAAGGAUCUGCAGUAUUUUUCGACGGAGAGUAAGGCUAAUAGAUUGGGUGUUGGGGAUGCUGACAGGCUGCAGGUUUCGCCUGAAUGCUUGUCUGUGCUGUAUAAGAAGUUUUUAGAUGAAAAUCGUUGUGCCGAGCCUUUGAGAGGGAGUGGGAAUGCUCGGAAAAGAAGAAGUUUUGGAUUUGAUCUGCAACAGUGUACGGAGUGGUGGGAUGGAAAAUCUGAACUGAGCAAAAAGCUUCUGCUUAAACAUCUUCUGGAGAAGGAUAUUGGAGUGGAGACCAUGCCGCCAUCAUUUGUCAAUGGUCAAUUGAAAUGUAAAAUGAGGCAGGAGAGAAUCAAUGCUGCUAAGCUAAGGAUAAAGCGAAUUAUGCAUCCCUUGGGUGCUGAGAUUCCUGCACCUUCACAUAGCUCUUGUCCUGAAAGAAGGAAGAGAAAAGGAAUGGUAGUUGACGAUGUUGAUUGGGAAGACCUUGUUAUUGAGACCCUUGUUCUUCAUCAAGUAAAAGAUGAGGAAAUUGAGACGGGACAUUACAAUACCUUACUGGAUUUACAUGUAUUCAACUCUGGCAUUGUUUGA